GCUUCACUGCUCAGGGCAGCCAACGUUGGUUUUUCAUUCUGCUGAGGUUGCCUUGUACAAACCGGCACUGCCCAAGCAAAUCUGUGCAUGGAAUGGAAUUACCAGAGGAGCAUUAACACCCUGAGCCUGCUCCAGGGAAACAGCAGCACAUCCACUGAGGUGGGAGCUUUUCUCACCUUGUGCUCAGGUUACCUCUCUGUUUUCAGAGGGCAAUCAUAGCUCCUCUCUGCUUUCCUCUUAGAGACAAACUGGUCUUUCAUUCCUCUCCUGCAAGACAAUUCAGUUCUCCUGCUCGUCCCAGUAAUGCACCUCUCCAUAUCUGUUUCCAUCUGAUUUCAUCUUCCUGGAGCACAAUUGACCACAUUUACUGGUUUUUUGUCCCAUGUGAAGUUCACCAAAUAGAUUGGCCUGAAACUUCUUUCACAGAUCUGCAAAAGGUCAAACGCUGGGGAAACCAUGGCCUGGGCUGAGUCUGUGGAUACAGUGCUAGCCAGCAAAGAGGGUCUGGCAGCUUUUCGGACGUUUUUGAAGUCUGAGUUCAGUGAGGAGAAUGUGGAGUUCUGGCUGGCCUGCGAGGACUUCAAGAAAACCAAAUCCUCCACCAAGAUCGCCUCGAAAGCCCAGAAGAUUUAUUCUGACUUUAUCCAAGCUGAUGCUCCAAAGGAGGUUAAUAUUGACUUCCAUACCAAAAACGACAUCUCCCAGAACAUCUCCAAGCCCAGCCUCAGCUGCUUUGAUGCUGCUCAGAGCUCAGUCUACUGCCUCAUGGCAAAGGACUCCUUCCCCAGGUUCCUGCGGUCAGAGCUGUACAAGGAGCUGCUGAGGAAGGAGCAGGACAGGAAUCAGAAGAGGUGGCUCCCGUUCCUGUGAGGAAAAGCACCGAGGCUUUGUGAAUUGAUAACGUCUCCCAUUGUCACUCUGUACAGAUAAUUACUCAUUAUUAAAGUGCUUGCAGAAGCCACUUUCAAGAAUCACCUGUGCCAGUUUGUUUCUAAGUACAAAUUACACAUGAUGCUUUCUAAUAACAGUAGAGAAAUAUUCAAGAAGCAGGAUGGAAUAUGCUAGAACCCUUGAGUUACCUUCCUAAUAAAAAAGUUUGCCAUUGUUACUUUUUUCCAGUGUUUACUUCAUUUUUCAAAGAGAUUUGAGAUUUUAAAGCAGAAUACUUUGGUUUUCUUGUUUGCUGUUGAUUCCACGUUAGAAGUAUGGCCCCCAAAAUAAAUCCCUUUCAGGAGA